GAGGACGUUGCGUGCUCGCUCGCGCCAGGCGAGUCUCCGCGUCUCCCUCGCGAACUCGGUGAAAGGAAUUGGCGCCGUUCGACACCAGGCGGAUCCGCUCUGCAGCAGAAACCCACCUCCAGCCGCAGCCGCAGCCGCCGCCCGGGCCGAGGAGCAGCCUCAGCCGCCGCCAGUGGCCGAGUGAGCGGAGCCGAGUUUGAGACAGCGCCUAGCGGUGAAUCGGGGCCUCACCAUGAGUUCCUCGCCUGUUAAUGUGAAAAAGCUGAAGGUGUCGGAGCUGAAGGAGGAGCUCAAAAAGCGGCGCCUGUCCGACAAGGGCCUCAAGGCCGAGCUCAUGGAGCGUCUCCAGGCCGCGCUGGACGACGAGGAGGCCGGGGGCCGCCCCGCCAUGGAGCCCGGGAACGGCAGCCUAGACCUGGGCGGGGAUUCCGCCGGGCGCUCGGGAGCAGGCCUCGAGCAGGAGGCCGCGGCAGGCGGCGAUGACGACGAGGAGGAAGAGGAGGAGGAGGAGGAAGGGAUAGCCGCCCUGGAUGGCGACCAGAUGGAGCUCGGGGAGGAGAACGGCGCCGCGGGGGCGGCCGACUCGGGCCCGAUGGAGGAGGAGGAGGCCGCCUCGGAGGACGAGAACGGCGACGACCAGGGCUUCCAGGAAGGGGAGGAUGAGCUCGGAGACGAGGAGGAAGCCGCGGGCGACGAGAACGGGCACGGGGAGCAGCAGCCUCAACCGCCGGCGGCGCCGCAGCAACAGCCCCAGCAGCAGCGCGGGGCAGCCAAGGAGGCCGCGGGGAAGAGCAGUGGCCCCACGUCGCUGUUCGCGGUGACGGUGGCGCCGCCCGGGGCGAGGCAGGGCCAGCAGCAGGCGGGAGGUAAGAAGAAGGCGGAAGGCGGCGGAGGCGGCGGUCGCCCCGGGGCUCCGGCGGCGGGAGACGGCAAAACAGAACAGAAAGGCGGAGAUAAAAAGAGAGGUGUUAAAAGACCUCGAGAAGAUCAUGGCCGUGGCUAUUUUGAGUACAUUGAAGAGAACAAGUAUAGCAGAGCCAAAUCUCCUCAGCCACCUGUUGAAGAAGAAGAUGAGCACUUCGACGACACAGUGGUUUGUCUUGAUACUUAUAAUUGUGAUCUACAUUUUAAAAUAUCAAGAGAUCGCCUCAGUGCUUCUUCCCUUACUAUGGAGAGUUUUGCUUUUCUUUGGGCUGGAGGAAGGGCAUCCUAUGGUGUGUCGAAAGGCAAAGUCUGUUUUGAGAUGAAGGUUACAGAGAAGAUCCCAGUAAGGCAUUUAUAUACAAAAGAUAUUGACAUACACGAAGUUCGGAUUGGCUGGUCACUAACCACAAGUGGAAUGUUGCUUGGUGAAGAAGAAUUUUCUUAUGGGUAUUCUCUAAAAGGAAUAAAAACAUGCAACUGUGAGACUGAAGAUUAUGGAGAGAAGUUUGAUGAAAAUGAUGUGAUUACAUGUUUUGUUAACUUUGAAAGUGAUGAAGUAGAACUCUCCUAUGCAAAGAAUGGACAAGAUCUUGGCAUUGCCUUCAAAAUCAGUAAGGAAGUUCUUGCUGGACGACCACUCUUCCCGCAUGUUCUGUGCCACAACUGUGCGGUUGAGUUUAAUUUUGGUCAGAAGGAAAAGCCAUAUUUUCCAAUACCUGAAGACUAUACUUUUAUCCAGAAUGUCCCCUUGGAGGAUCGAGUUAGAGGACCAAAGGGGCCUGAAGAGAAGAAAGAUUGUGAAGUGGUUAUGAUGAUUGGCUUGCCAGGAGCUGGAAAAACUACCUGGGUUACUAAACACGCAGCAGAAAAUCCUGGUAAAUACAACAUUCUUGGAACAAACACCAUAAUGGAUAAAAUGAUGGUGGCAGGUUUUAAGAAGCAAAUGGCAGAUACUGGGAAACUAAACACGCUGUUGCAGAGAGCUCCACAGUGUCUUGGAAAGUUUAUUGAGAUUGCUGCCCGUAAGAAGCGAAAUUUCAUUUUGGAUCAGACAAAUGUGUCUGCUGCUGCCCAGAGGAGAAAAAUGUGCCUGUUCGCAGGCUUCCAACGAAAAGCUGUUGUAGUUUGCCCAAAAGAUGAAGACUAUAAGCAAAGAACACAGAAGAAAGCAGAAGUAGAGGGAAAAGACCUACCGGAACAUGCAGUCCUCAAAAUGAAAGGAAACUUUACUCUGCCAGAAGUAGCUGAGUGCUUUGAUGAAAUAACGUAUGUUGAGCUUCAGAAGGAGGAAGCCCAAAAGCUUUUGGAGCAAUAUAAGGAAGAAAGCAAAAAAGCUCUUCCACCGGAAAAGAAACAGAACACAGGCUCAAAGAAGAGCAAUAAAAAUAAGAGUGGCAAGAACCAGUUUAACAGAGGUGGUGGCCAUAGAGGGCGCGGUGGAUUCAAUAUGCGUGGUGGAAAUUUCAGAGGAGGAGCUCCUGGGAAUCGUGGUGGAUAUAAUAGGAGGGGCAAUAUGCCACAGAGAGGUGGUGGUGGUGGCGGAAGUGGUGGAAUUGGCUAUCCAUAUCCUCGUGGCCCUGUUUUUCCCAGCCGAGGCGGUUAUUCAAACAGAGGGAAUUACAACAGAGGUGGAAUGCCUAACAGAGGGAACUACAACCAGAACUUCAGAGGACGAGGAAACAAUCGUGGCUACAAAAAUCAAUCUCAGGGCUACAACCAGUGGCAGCAGGGUUCUGUCCAUGUGAAUGUGCUGUGUGGAAGAGUAAAAGGGUCCAAGUAAAUGUGUUCCAGUGAUUCCAAUAGCUAUUUAGCUGGUACCUACCGCUAUAUCACCUAGUGUGAAAUUUCGGAUUUAAUGGAAUAAUGAAGGAAGCAGUGCAGCUGGAGGCUUCAAGUGGGCUUGGAAGGUCUCCAAUUUAUGCAGUCAUUCUGCUGUGAAAAUGAACUAACCUUGUUAUCAUUGAAGGCCUUGGAAAUUUUUACCAGCCGAGAGAUUUUUCUCUUACUCAGGGUAAGAUGUAAUCAUAGUGUGCUAGAGCUGGAAGGGACUUGACUUACUUAAUCCAUUUGCCUGAUUUCGUAUGUUACAUGUUAUCAAACUGAAGCUGAGAACGUAAGUGGCCUGCACAGCUUGUUAAAUAUCAAAUUUGAUUAGUACUCAUCAAUUCCUCCACCCCACCCCAACUCAUGCCUUUUAAAACAUGAGUGACUGUCACAUGGAAUUUUUAUAACAUACUUGUUUAAGAUCAAUUUGAAUAAUAUAGACUGCACUCAGCUUUGAUUUGUGUCAGUAACGGCAGGCAGAUGACCUUGAAAAAACUUCAUUCUCUUUUCUAAUAACCUUCCCUUGUUAAUGUCCAAGUCUUUCCUUUGGUGGCUGCCAGAUGAUUAGGAUCAAUAAAAAUCUCUUAGAACAUAUAUGCUUGACAGUGUCACUCAUGAUAGGGCAUUUGGUAAACCAUAUAGCUUGUGAACCCUAACCCUUAUAAUGACAGCCAUAAGAAGGUGAGCAUGGGAGGGAAAAUGCUACCUCUCUUGUGAACUGGAGCAGGCCCCUACCAAUCCUGAAAACGGAUUCAGAACAAAAUAAAGUUUCAAAACAUCUCUUCCUUGAUCUGUUUAGCUCACCGUGAUAAUCAGUAGGACCAGUAAUAAUGCCACAAUCCUAUCCACUGGUGUCUUCUUUCAUACUUAUCAUUUCUUAACCAGAAAGGUCUCUAAGCCUGUGUUUUAAGUAAUGUUGAUAUUUAUUAAACCAAAAAUGAUGAAUGAAUGAAUAAAUGCUGUGGACUUAGUUGGGUGUUGGGUGCUUUUUUAAAAUGGCAGCCAACUGAAUUAUAAAUGUCUACAUUAAUGGAACAAUAUGUGUGUAAUUCUGCAGUAUUCUCCUUUGCACCAAGCAAGUUUCUGAAAAUAUUUUUAUGUGUGCCAUGUACAUAUUUAAGUUCUACUUAAAAAUAAAAACUCUGCAUACAUCCAAAAAAUAUUUAGAGCAGCUAAAAACCACCUUUACUUUCUGAGAGGUGACUCACCUGUUGAAGUGGAAGAAUAGGGUCAAGCAAUGGGUACAUUUUAAAAAUAACAAUUGCAAAGCGAUGACCCAUUAGUUUUAAGUCUGAUACACAACAUCACUGGCUUUCGAAAUCAGAAAGUAUCCCCUCAUUUUUAACAGGGUACAGUAAUACAGUUGUGAUUUUUGUUUUUAAGGCAAGUUUUAACAUCGAACUGAGAUUUUAUUUCUUCAAACGUCAGGUGUGUACUCACUGCUUACUAUAAGGAAACACUUUUCUAAGCGUGUUAAACACAAGGUUUAUUUUAAGUACGAGUCCACUAUGUGCUAUACUGACAGUAGAUACAGGGCCAGAAUAAGUUUGUAAAUAUUCAUACACAUGUAAAAAAGACUACAACUUACACAUACUUUAUUUACUUGGUUGAAAGCCUUAUGGUAUAUAAAAUGCUUUCUAUAGUUGAUCUUGGCUUUGUUCACACCGAAGUGAGUUGUAUCUGGGUUUUCUGUGCUCAAGACUGCUCAAUUGCUGCUGCUGCGGCCGCUGUUGGUUUGUUUUCUUUCAGGAUCAAGGUGGGUACUUUCAUAUAAAAUCUUGUUUUUAAUUCCUUCUCUGGCAAGUCUUUCCUGGAUUCUUAGCUUUGCAUAAUUAUACCUACAAUGGAACCUAGUAAUGAGAACAUGAAUAAAUUAUUGAUAUAACAUACCUGUAGAAACUAAUUUGAAAUUUGUAAUCAAAAUUUUUAAAUGCUUACAGAUGACUGUCAGUGGUUGUGAACACAUUCUUAAGGUAGCAUUUUCAGAUGUUAUGCCAUAGGCAGGGAUUGAAAUGAGCAUUAGGAUAAGAUAAAAGGUUGAGACCUUCCUAAAGGAAGUAUAAAACCUGACAUGGCAUUAAUGCAGUGCCUAAUGUCAUGCAUUCAUCUGUUCAUUUGACAAAUAACACAAAAUGUGUGUGUAUAUAUACAUAUUUAAAAGAUUAAAGGCAGUCCAGCAAUAUCAUUUUGUAAGAUAAAUUUCAGUGAGGGUGGGGAAUCUCAGUGGGAGAUUGCUCUGAGUGGAGCAUGUGCUUUGGAACUAGAUAAACCUAUUACAGUCGUGGAUCUUCUUGAAUACUUAGCACACAUACCAGCAUCCUAAAGUCACCAAGAUAAAUCCUCCUAUUCCAACGUCACAUGAUCUUCUAAUUCUACCUGUCAAAAGGAAGCAUAAACACUAAUACACUGCAUGUUAUAACUUCAUCUAGGAAAAAAACUUCAGAGAAACAUGUUUUUUAUGCAUAGAGAGAAGCAGAUACUCACUAGUUAACAAAAAGUGUCCAAGGCCAGCCACAACAGAUCCUAAUGAGCCAUACAAUGUCGAAUCCCGUGCACAGGGGAUGUUUUCAACAUCUAAAAUUCCUAGGAGCUUAAAGGGCUACGAAAAAUAAAAAAACUUAGAUUGGACAAGAGAAUAUUUUAUUUUAGGGUGGUUUGGCAAAGAUUAAAACCAUCUUUAAUCAUCCUGCUUUGGUAUAUAAUAUGACUCUAAAAUGGAAACCCUGAGAAUUUGACCAGAACGUCCUAAGCAGGUAGGGUAAAUUAAACCUAGAUUAUGGUACCAUGGUUAUGCUAUAAUUUGUUAAUCAACUGGUUUGGAGAUAAGGUAAGGGCAUACAUUAUUUUAUGAGCUCUUUAAAUAUCUGUAUGAAAUCAUUUGGGGAUUUGGCUAUCAUUGAAAUUUAAAAGCAUAAUUUCCUUCUAAUAACCUGAGACGCAUAGAUGGGCAAAGUGAAACUGUCCUAACCAUGUUGCUUAUAAUAUUAGUAUACUGCUGUUUUAAAUUCCUUUAAGGAGGACUGCAGAUUUUCUGUGUUAACUAGUAACAACAACACAUCGGUUGUGUCUGUAAGAAUAAAUGCUUUGUGUUGAGACAAAUCUCGUCUGUUUCUUGCCUGUGAUAAUGAAGUUGCUGUUGAUUGUAUUUCUUUGUUGAUAGUACAUGGUAACCACACCUAGGUGUGAUGAAAAAAGCUGGAAAUCUAGAGGGUUGGAUUUUAUUCUCAGCUCUGCCACUAACUUCUGUAACCUGUAGGACAUAUUUUUUUAUCUGGCCUGCAAUCUGUAAUGAAGGGGUUCAGCUAGGUGAUAAUUUAAGUUCCUUCAAGUGCUAAAAUGAAUGGUUUUAAAAUUCUUUAUAUAGUCUUCAUUGGAUUUAUGGAUUUGUUCUCCCUCAUUAAAAAAUACUGCCACUUUAAGCAUAACAUUUUCAACUUGAAUGUCUUCUCACUCUCACUCUGUACUUAGGGGUUUUGGGAGGGCAGGACAGAAUUUUAUAAGUCACGCUUAUGUUUUGCUACAGCAUUCUCCUAUUCAUAAAAAAAAAAAAAAAACUUAAGGUACUGUUUUCAUUUAAUGUAGCUUUUAAAAAGGAAGCCACUUGUCCAUUCUUUGGGAUGAGAUAUACCUAGAUGGUAAUAUACCGUAAGGGAAAAAGAGUGGAAGAAAUGGGAAAAGGACAGUAAAGGGCAAGUCAGAUUAAAGGUUGAAACAUGAAGGUAUUGUGUUUGCUUUGGCUCAGGCUUCUGCAGGAAAGACAAUGUGACUUGGUUCCUAAUAAAGCAAAAGUUAUAUACUCUUGGA